CCGCUCUGCGUCGACCUGCUGCUGCACGACGGCCACAACCCGCCCGGCGCCCUGCCCGGGCCCCUGCUCGCGCGCGCCCGCCUUGAGCGCUGCUUCACGGCGCCCGGCGUGCGCAGGGUCCGCCUCAAGGAGGGCCGCGUCCGCGGCAGCCUCUUCCUGCCUGCCGGGGAUGGACCCUUUCCAGGAGUGAUCGAUAUGUUUGGUGAUGAAGGGGGGUUGACUGAGUACCGAGCUAGUCUCCUGGCUAAUCAUGGCUUUGCUGCUCUUUCCUUGCCAUAUUUUGACUUUGAAGAUCUGCCCAGGGUCAUGAAAGAUUUGAACUUUGAAUACUUUGAGGAGGCAGCUAGAUUUCUGCAGCGUCACCCAAAGGUGAAAGGGCCAGGAAUUGGAGUGAUUGGAACAGGGAAAGGGGCAGAAUUGGCAUUCUCCAUGAUCACCUACCUGCCAGAGGUGGUAGCUGCUGUCUGUAUCUCUGGCUGUAGCUUCCACACAGUCGCUGACCUUCAUUAUGGUGAGAAGACACUGCCCGCACUGCGCUUUGACAUGAGCAAGGUCAUUGUUUCUGAGAAUGGCGUGUUUGACAUCUUUGAAGCACUGGAUGACCCAAGGGAUCCAGCCAAUUCCCAUUGCUGCAUCCCCAUAGAAAAAGCAGAGGGUCAUUUCCUCUUGGUUGUUGGAGAGGCUGACCGUACCUGGAAGAGCUCGUUAUAUGCUGAACUGGCAAUUGAGCGCCUACGCCAACAUGGGAAAGACAACUUUACACUCUUGAGUUAUCCAGGAGCAGGCCACCAAAUUGAUCCCCCCUCAACUCCAUUUUGCCUGGUAGCCAUAGAUCGUGUCCUCAGGGUGCCCGUUCUUGGUGGUGGGGAGAGCAGACCACAUGCUUAUGCUCAGGAAGACUCCUGGUGGAAAAUUCAAAAUUUCCUGCGCUUGCAUUUGGGAUAAGUACUUCAGAAUCUGAAAGCUGCUGCCAAAACACAGGAUGCUGAGUAUUGAGCCUCCAAAGUGACUUAGAGGACAGGAGGGACUAGCUUGGAAGGGAAGAUUCCCUAUGGACAGCUUAGCCAAUUUAUAAGUCAGUGACAUGAAUAAAUGCUAAAUAAGUAGAGUCUUUGCUUUUGGUGGUUGGAGGGAGCUGUCAAAGGAACCAUAACUAGGAGUACAAGGGAGAACUGAAACACUGGCAAAGUGUAGGCUGUAGUUUAGUAAAAUAUUUCUGAUACCAAGAUCAAUUUAGACUGUAGAAUUACUAAGUGAGUGGUAAAAGUCUACCUUGCAGGAUUUAAGAGCCACAGAGCCAGCAGCUUGGCUGGACCUGCAAAGGACAGCAGUCAAGCACAUUAGUCUGCACCUAGAAGAAUGAUGGCAGCUCAAGGCAAUGAGCUUGGAUCAAAACUCUAGAAAACAACUUGGACUUGCAUACUGGCCAUUUUGCCUUCCACCUUGAGAUUUAAAUCUAGUUCUCUUCCCAGAUGUCUUCCUCUACAUGCAUCUCCAUAGAGCACUCCUUUUUAUAAUUGUGACUUUGCCCACUUUGGAAAGAUUUCUUCUAUCAGUUUUACUAGGGGUGCAGCCCUGGUGUUAUGUUUGUGCAAUACCUCAGUGUUGGACAUUGAUUUUCAACAAGCGCUUCCAGUAGCUCUUUACACUCCCAGUUGCAAUACCUUCUGUGCUGGACAAAGAGAGGGGCAGUUGCAGCUCUGUCGUAUUUUCAGGGGGGAUUUGUCUGGAUCUAAGGUGCCUUAGCAUAUCAGGCUAAUAGAUUUUACUUGGCAAAUGGAUAUGAUAGCUCUAGAUAGUCCAGUUGAAUGUAUUUUUAUUAUAUGCAUUAAUAUUUCUUUCCCUCUUCAGUCAAUUGCCUAUCUUACACUAGAAACACCUGUAGUUCAAUUAGGGAGCUGAGAAAUCCUGUUCUUUUAGAAUUUCCCACCAAUGGAUCAUAAUAGUCAGUGGCCAUUGGACACUUAAUAGCUGGCACUAACAGUCAGUGCUGGGAAAGCAACUGAGGAGCAGGUGAACAGGUUGGGAGGCCUGGCCUACAGCUGCCAUUUGAGCUGUAACUUUUUAAAUGGCUGUCACUAAAUGUCAUCAAAAAACUUGAAGACUAACUAACCAAGAGUAAAAGAUUCCUGGGUUAAUUUUCAUAGUUAUGAAGAGAUUAGAGCAGGGAUAGGCAAAAUAUGGUCCUUGGGCCAGAACUGGCCCACCAAGGGAUUUCAUCUGGCCUGUGGUGGGUCUCAGUCCUGCAGGGCUGUGGUGUGUGUGGCCAGUCCUGCCAGCCCUGGGCAUGCAGUAGGGCUGGGGCAGCACAGCAGCCAAACUCACUUCCUGGCAACCCCAGUGGCAGUAGCUCCUAUCCCCGCUGCCUGGGCACCUCACUCCAUCUGCCCUACACCCAGUGCUGGGGGUGGGAUGCAUUCAGGCAGACCAUGCAGCUGGGCAGAUGGGAUGGAGCUGCAGGCAGACAAGGAGAGGCAUCCAGGAUGGGCAGGUGGAGCUGGGAUCAUAAGGCAGGAUUACAGGGUGGUGAUAGUGUGGAGCUAGGGCCUGAGGCAGAGCAAGAGGCACCAGUUCCACAGGCAAGAGUGUACAGGGUGCAGAUCGCAGCUCUUCACUGGCCCCCAGCCCCAUGCUGUCACUGGCCCAAGAUCCAGGACCCAGGCCUGUCUGCCCAUCCUGCUCCCAGAUUUCACUCCUUUCCUACCCAUGGCCCCAUGUCAGCCACAUGGCUGAGGGCAGAGAAGAGCCACUUAGGGAGUUUUCGUGAGCUGUUGCAAGGGGGAGAGGUGUUGACCUGGCCCACGACAGUUCACCAAAAACCUUUAAGCAGCCCUUCAGCCCAAAUAAUUGGCAUCCCCUGGAUUAAAGUCAUUAGGCCUAUAGCUGCCAGGUUAUUGUCACUGCAUUCAGAGGUGUACUGGCCUGAGGCCUCUUCUUUCCAUUAUUUUGAUGGAAAAGAACCACAGUUUCUUCUUAAAAUUCUCUCUUUUGGGGGUAGGGGGUGGGGAGGAGGGGGAGUACAAGGAUGGCUGUGCUAGAGGUCUAAUUCCUUAGCACCACUGCAAGACAAAAUUCCCCUUUCAGGUUCCCUAUUUUCAGGCUGUCCAGGAGAAAAUGGAGCUUCAGCUUGUGACUUUGACUUCUGUUUAGCGUCAUGGGGGCCCUCCUUCCUCCAUUCUGCUUUCCGUGUGCUGGUGUUCGUUAACAUCACUCUGCAUUCUGUAAUACUCCAUAGACUUGGCACAAACUCAGUUGUGCUCACACCACCUAUAGCAUUUUUACAGCCAUCCUCAGUUGCUCUCUGCCUGUUGGUUGACGUCAAAUGGGCCUAGCAGGCAGAGCUCUAUGACAGAAACACAGGCCUGUAGCCAGCACUGAUGAGCACAUCAGUGGUGGGUUUGUCCCCAGGUUCCAUUUCUUUGCACUCCCCAACUGUCUGUCUUGUAUGUACCUGCCUGCAGUCUGCUAGAGUGGUCAUGGAGUGCUUCUUGCCAGCCUGGUGGUCCGAGUACUUGCAUGCUACAUCUCCAUUGUGUCCUCUUACAAAUCUAUUAUCAGCCAAGACUGCAGAUUCCCAGCACAAGCUUGUAGAACCCAGUAUACUCCCAAACAUACUGAGACAAUUAAGCAGGAACAGGUCUAACCAAACAGCUGGGUUAACAAGCAAAUUGUUUCCUAAAAGAGGAAUUAUUUAUCUUCCUAUUUUCAAGUCAGGUGUAUUAUGCAUUUAUUCUUGUUCACUGGAUGUUAAAGAAGCCAAUGUCAACAGCUGUAAUACAAAGCGGGUGGUUUAAGAAUGCUGUUCAGAAGGUUAAUUUCUCUAAAUGCAUUUUAAAUAUUUCAGAAAAAUAUACAGUAAAUAUUUAGUAAAGCACUUUAUUAAAUGAUUAUUACUGCACUAGAAUUUCUGGCUGAAACUUUCUACUUUAGUUUUCCUUUCCAAAUAGUUUAUUUGUUUUAAAAAGUAUUAUUAUUCAGAUUUGACAAAGGGAUUUGGGAAGAAGAAAACUAAAAAGCAUUUAAUACUAUAAUUUGAUUACGUAAAUACACCUCACAAAGAAAAAGCUACCAGCGGUCAAAGAACACAGGCAAAAUUGUCUGCAGCAUGUAGACCUGGCUUUUGCACUAGAAAUUUAUAAAUUUACAAAGAAACUCAAAAUCUAAAAUGUAUUUUUCCUCUGCAAAUUGUAUGUCCAUUCCCUACAUGGGGAGUACCACUUGCAUGCAUUUAAUAUAUGCCUUACAACAAAGAGUGCCUGACUGA